AGUACCAGACUGAGAAGAAAAGGUUUCCAAGGCUGGAGAAGACCUGCUCCCUUUGGGCUCUGGCUGUGUCUGCUGUAGGGGCUUCAUGGGAAGUUCCCUCAGCGGUGCUGCUAAAGGGGCUCUAACCCUACAGCAAAUAGAGCUGUAGAGGAGGCAAAGAGCCCCAGUGCUCAGUGGUGUCUGUGUGCCCCCUGCUGGGAGAGCCGAGGCACAGAGACACAUCUGGAAAGGUUGGGGAGGCUUGUCUCUGGCCAACCUCUCCCCGAAUAAUGGGGACCAACCCUGCUGUGUAGGUGGACAGCAGGCAGUGCCAGAGACAGACUAAGCCGUGGUCCCUGAGGUGGGGGUACGGGCCUUUCAAGGCAGUGUCUGGGAUGAAGACACCUGAUAAAGCCAGCUGGUACUCGGCUGUGGCCCACAUGGGAAACCAGACAGUGUGGGUGAGGACGGGCCAUUCUUCCUGCCAAUAGAUAACUUCCUCCUCUGGUCAGGACCCUGCCUCAGACAGGCGUGCACCUCUGCACCCACAGCAGUUUCUGCUCAGACUGCCUGUCUAACCCAUUCUGCCUCCGAAGAUCAAGGAGUGUGAUCCCAGGAAGGUGGGGCUGUGGGCUACUCCACGGGAGUUGCUCCUCUCCCCUGAAAUUCCAUAAUGAGGGCCUGUGUGCUUGUCCAUGUGCUGACCAUGGUGGGCUUUGCCAUGGGGAAGGCUCCGGUCGCCAGCGUCCGUACCUGCCACCUGUGCUUCUUAGAAGACCCUUCGAUAGGCUGCAUUUCUGGGUCAGAAAAGUGCACCAUCAGCUCUUCCUCGCCAUGCAUGGUGAUCACCAUCUAUCAGAAUGUUAAGGUUCGCUUCCACGUACGGGGCUGUGGACAGCACCACUCCUUCCGGUGUCAAGAAAAUCACGUCAUCUACUACUCAGACUACUGGUAUAGGGUUAAUUGCUGCCAGUAUGAUUACUGCAACUCCUGGUCCAGUGCCCAGCACCAGAGCACUCUGCCUGGGCCCCCAGGAAGCCAUCUGGGUGUGCCCCUCUCUGAGUCUCAGAUAAAACAGUUCUACCAGGCCCUGAACCUCCCUCUGCUUCAGCCUGACCUCCACGCUCAUAAGGUGUCUGAGGGCCCGGACUCUCUCAUUCUGCCCCCGGGGCUGGGCUUGUCCAUUGCCGACCUGCGCAAAAUAUACUUGUUCCUCAACAGUUCAGGACUUCUGGUUCUUCCCCAGGCUAGACCCUGACAUGUCCCGUCCCCCUUCCCAGAUUCUGCUCUGGCCAGGAGC